AAGACGUUUCAUUUCAUUUUGAGGGCGAAGAACAUUCAAUACUGAUUUGUUGUGACAUGAACUGUUGUUGGUGGCUCUUUCUCUAAAUCUUUCGAUGGAGGGGGAGUCCGCCACUAUGAUUCCGGACGCUUUGGCUGAGGCCCUGAGCCUCACGCCUGCAGACUUAGAAAACCUUACAGUAAACGAGGAUUGUAUGAUUCUUUUGGAGCGGUUCGCCAGUAUUUGGGGUGACCAUAAUCUCAUCAGAGCUUCAUGGAAUGAAGACCUGUCUUCGCUGAAGGCUGACCUUGCACAACAGCAAUUAGAUUCGGCUGAGAAGCUGAGUGACUUGGAGCAGCAACUAGUCAAUCAAUUGCAACAGCUGAGUGAAGAAUCUUCAGCCAAAGAGCAGCUAUCUGGACAGCUGAGUCUUUCGGUUGCAGAGAAUGAGCAAUUCAAAGAUCAGCUUCAGUCAUCCCAGGAUGAACUUCAGAAACAAACGCAGCAGUUGGCUUCCCUACAACAUGACAAUGAACAAGCCGAGCUUGACAAACGGCAGCUGACACAGAUUGCAGAGCUUCGCAGCGGAGAGAUCGAACGUGUCAAUGCCGAAUGGAAAGACAUGUCUGAGAAGCUAACUGCCGCCCUUGCUGCUAAAGUUGAGGCAGAGACCAAGGUGGAAGAGACUGCCACUUCUGGUAUGACUGGACAGCUCCGUGAAAAGCGUCUUGAGCAGGAGAAGGAGAUGCUGGCUUCCCAAAUUGAGUGGCUGAAUGCUGAAGUUAAGACAAAAUCCGACGAACUUCUUGCUUCUCGUAAGGAGAAGUCUACCCUUGGCCUGGAACUGCGGACCAACUUGAACACAGCCAAUGAUGAACUGGCUGCAUCUCAGACCACUUGUGAGAAGCUACGAGAACUGCUUCAGGAACGUGAAAACAAAGUUGAAUCAUGCCUGAAGCAGGUCAAAGACCUCCAAGACGAGAAAAUUGAUUUGGAAAGCCAGUUCAAGAAUGAGCUUGCUUUCCAGACUAAGUUAGCCACCCUUCACCAGGAAACAGCAGCUGAAGCCAAGCAGAAGCUCGACAGUCUAGUAGAUGGCGCCCGAAGCCUUCAGGAUCUAUUGGCGGAGGCAUCCCAAGGUCGUGAAGAAGCUGAAGAGCAGCUCAAGGCCCGAGAAGAAGUUGCAAAUGAAAAGAUCGAGUCACUUGAGAGCACUGUCAGCAGCUUGGAGCGUGAGCUUGAGAAUGCCAAUGACCUGCUCAACGUGGCUCGUCAACGUGGCCACGCUCCUCUCACCAGCCAACAGGUUACAGGCAUUUCGCCGCAUGCUGCGUCCACUAGCACUCGUCUCAAGUCCGGUAUGACCCUCACACAGAUCUACAGCAUGUAUGUGGAGGCAUCUGAUGACCUUCGCGUGCAGCAAGAUGAAAACCAGCAGCUGGCCACCCAACUUAAUCAGAUUGGAGCUGAGUUGCGAGAGAAGGCACCCAUGCUAGAACAGAUGCAGCGAGAGUAUGAGGACGCCAUCACUACCAAUCAGAAGCUCUCUGCCAAGGUUGAAGCGGGCAUACUGGAGUGUGAGCGUCUUCGCCAGGAGGCUGAUGAUUCAGUGCGUCUUUCUAGCCAGCUGAAGCGUGAGAACGCUCGAAUGGAAGUUCGCUGCAAGGACACGAGCCAGCAGGUGCGAGUUCUACUGCGUGAGGUUGAGCAAGCUCGCGGAGGUCUCAGCACCACCAGUGCCUUUGAUACAACCUUGUCACAGAUUAAUGAUGAUGUCACCAGUUCAGAUGAAGUCAUUUCUGCACAGCUGGUAUCAUUCAGGAACAUUGAGGAGCUGCAAAUACAGAACGAGAAGCUCUUGGCCGUUGUCCGUGAGCUCAGUGAGAAGCAGGAGGAGGACGAGCUCAAGCAGAGAGACACUGAGUUUGAUGAGCUGCGUGCAAGCCACGAGGAUGCAUUGCUGCAGUUGGAGGACCUCCGUCAGCAGCGAGCUCGUUCAAAGACAGUUAUGGAGGCGUUGGUGAAGCAGCGUGAUCUGUACCGUGUCUUGGCCCAGAGUUCUUCACCAGAUGCGGCUGCGUCUGUUUCCACUCAACUUGACGCCAGCCGUGUCCUGGCCGAUGUGCACUCACCCGUCCAGUCCUUGAGUUCUGCAGAUGUCAGCAUGGCCAGUCUGAACGACUCGUUCCAGCAGGCACCGCCACCGAUCGCCGCGGCGGUCGUGGAGAGAGACGUGGACACCACCGCACUGCAGGAUGCCAUGGAAGAGCUGGCCGCUGAGUUCCGCGAAUACAAAGAGCAGACGGGUCAGAAUGCAGAGGUUCUGACCAGCCAGGUCGAUCAAUACAGAGAGGAAGCGUCGCAAGCAAAGAUGGACAAUGCCAAGCUCGUUUCCAAGUUGGAGUACGCCGUUGAGAGGCAGGAUCUGCUCAAUACCAAUGUCGAUAGCUAUCGCACGGAGCUUGAGGCAACCCGUCAGAAGAACAACCAGAUGAAUGUGGCCAUGGCCAAGCUGCAAAUGAGCUUGGACACAGCAUCGCAGGACCUGGUUGACUCCAAGGACAAGUUGCGGCGAUCUGAGCGUCAAACCGAAAACCUUACGCAGGAGAACCACCUGGUCAAGUCCACAAAUGAUCAGAUGCAGCGUGAAAUUGAUAGCCUUCACCGUGAGCAGAGCAAUCAGCGAACGCUGCUGGCAAGCUUGCAAACGAUCCAGAACAAUGUUGAGCGAAAUGACUUUGAGAUGCGCACCCGACUGGCUGGACAGCUGGAGACAGCGCAGGAAGAGCUGACCGCUGUGCGGCGCCGCCUAGACGCUGACACUGAGUACCAUCGCUCGGUCGUGGCUGCAUACGAGGUCCAGCUGAAGGAGGUGCGAGAGGAACUCGGCGAGGAACGCAAGCAGGCCAAUGGUUCCCGUGAUGAACUGUCGGCCGUGAAAACUAGUGCCGCGGCUGCUGUACAGAAGGCUGAGGAGUAUGAGACCCAACUCAAGGCUCUGCAAGCCGAGCUGGACGCCAUCAAGGAGAGGACAGAGAGAGCCGCAGCUGAGGGCGAGGGUGCGGAGGUUGCACGUCUAAGUCUCAAGUUGACUCAGGCGGAGGCACGCUGCACUGGUUUGGAGGAGCAGCUGAAACGUGCACAGCAGCAUGUGGACCAGUUCAAGGCAAUCAGCGAAGCUAACGAGCAGGCGUUGACUGAGCUCAACCAGGCGAAUGAUGAGUUCCGUCAGCGCCAUGAAGAGCAAGUCGCAGCGGCAGUUGCCCAGCGGGAAGACGUUGAGCAGCGUUUGCUCUCCUUGCAGCAGGACCACGAAAAGCUCGUCGGUGACAAUGUGGAAGUCGAGAAGCGCUUCCAACAAGAGAUCUUGGAGCUGCGUGAGCAAGUCAGCAAGACAGCUACAGAGCUCAGCACGGCACUACAGGCACAGUCGGCUGCUGAGAGCUUGUCAACGCAAGCCAGGAAUGACCUUCAGCUGCAGCAGACACGGGCCACCCAGGCUCAAGAUCGCUAUGAGCGUGAGCUAGUGCUGCAUGCAGCCAGUAUGAAGGAGCUAACCACCAUCAGAGAACAGCUCCAAGCACUGACAGUGGAAGCGACACAGUUGACCGAUCGUGCUGAACGUGCAGAGCAGGAGCUCUCCAGCACCGUCAGUAAGUACACGGAGAGGCUGGCUGCCAAGGACGAGUCCCUGACACAGGCCGAUGCCAAGUGCAAGGACUGGGAGGAGCAGAGUCAGCUGCUGCAUCAGCAGCUGGAGAAGCUCGGUGCACAGGUCAUCACUCUGCAGUCUCGAUUGGCAUCGACAUCUACAAGUACUUCGCCCUCGAAGGAGCAGCACUCCGUCACGGCACAACGGUCUUCCACCGACCAGAAUGAGAAAGAACUCCGCGAAAUCAUCCGGUUCAUCCGUCACGAGAAGGACAUUGCAGAGACCAAGGCAGAACUGUCACGGGCUGAGAGUUCCAGAUUUUCUCAACGCUGUGAGCAUCUGGAUAGGCAAGUGCAGUCACUGCGCGAGUCACUGGACAACGAACGGCACCGCGCUCAGCUGCAUGCAGAGACAGCCAGUCAUCAUGCUGAAAUCAUGGAGAAGGUGCAAACACUGCACAUUCUUCAGGAUAGCAACAAGCUACUGCGGGAAGACCGGGAUAGGCUGCAGCAGCGUGUUGUGCAGAUGGAAGCCAAGAGCAAACAACUUGAAGAUGAGAUUUGCCCGCUGAAGGAGAAUAAUCACCAGUUGACCGCCGCACGGGAAGCUUUGGUGGCCGAGCGUGCUGCUCUGAAGACAGAGGUUCAACGGUGGAACCAGCGGUGCAAUAGUUUGAUGGAGCAGUGUAACAAGGUCGACCAGGAAGAAUACCAACAACUGCUGGUGACGAAGGAGACUAAUCAGAAGGAGAUUUCCUCUCUCAACGCAUCGCUUGCUGAACUCAAGGAGUCGGUGAAUGAAGCAGAGGCAGCCAACACAGCUCUCCGUGGUCAAUGCGCCUUGCUGGAGAAGAAAUGUGACAAAGCAAAGGAAGACAUCAGCAAACAACUAGAACUUAAGGUCAAGGAGAUUGAUUCCAAGACCAAGGAGCUGGCUGACACGAGAAAGACUCUUCUUGACUCUCGACGUGCAGGUAUGCGCAACACCAAUAGUUUGAAGCUGCUACAAACCAAGGCUAUUGAGCUGGAAGCGGCCCUUACAGCGGAAAGGAAUAAGCAGAGCAGCAGUGCAACGGCAUCGGAAGGGCAGAUCAAGGAGUUGAACGAGCAAGUUGCUAAACUCGCCAGCGAUAUUGAGACUGCGCAGAGGAAUGAGAAGGAAGCCAAUGUCAAGGCUACUGAACAAGAAGGCAAGAUGGAGAAAUUGAGGGAAAUGAUCAGCAAACUUCGAAAGCAGUCUCAGCAGCACCAAGAUAAAUGGAAGAAGUCUGAUCUUGACCUUACUCUGGCGAAGAAGCAGGUGGAGGAAACAGAGGGCCGGUUGAAGGAAGUUGAGAAAGAUCGCAGUACACUUCUGAUGAAGGUGACGAACCUAUCCAAAAUGCAGACAAGAAAUGCUAGGACUAUCCGGUCGUUGCAAAAAGCCCAGCAAGGCGGUCAAGUGACACAGGGCACGGCCGCCACCAGCACUGGUACCGACACCACCAGCACAGGUGAUAAGACCACUACGGUUGCAGCUGCUCCAGCCGUUGCCACUGCCACGUGUGCUGUCACCACAACUCCAUCGUCCGUGGCCAGCCCGCCUGCUGUGGUUGCGUCAAGCGCAGCUGUCGUCACCAUGCCAACCCAAGCAAGCAGCCACCCAGCAAACGAGCAAGAGCCUGCUGCUGCGGAAACCAGCGAACAGGCACCCAUGCCGCAGGAAUCAACCAGGCAGGAUAUGGAGGAAGAGGGCAUGAGUACUGCCGCUGCCAUGCUAUCAGCUGCCGGCAAUGCACUCGUCACCAAUGCUGAAACACAGCAAACAGCGGCGCGUGGCCAAUCUUCGGAUUUGGCCACUUCCACUGCUGCUCAUACGGUCGAGUCUGGUCUUGGUGCUGAUGUUGGUGGUGUUGCUACCUCAGUAGCAGGUGACGAAGACCAGCAGAUGGAUGAAAGUGAUGCCAGUAUUGCCACAACGACUGUCACCUCAGUCAGUGCGACUAGUGCCCUUACAUCCACAGCGGCGGCAACAACAGCAAACACCUCUACAGUUGUACCGCCACCAGCAAUGCAAGAAGGGGCGGCCGCCGCCUCAUCUUCAAGUCAGACACCUACCGUUGUGGUUCGUCCAGCUUCCGUUGCCAGUGCUUCUGCUAGUGCUACUACGCCUGCAACCAGUGCCAGCAGUGCUGCUGCUACUGCUGCUGCGGCCGCUCUAGAGCGUACAAACACACCCACGGCUAGCAUUCGACCGAUGCCCACUCCCGUUACGCUGCCACCCACGGCUGCAGUGGCUCCUACGCCGCUGGCCAGCUUGACCAGUGUGUUUGCCGCAGCUGCAGCUAGUGCCGCCGCUGCCACCUCCGUCACGGCAGCAGCAGCAGCCAUUGCCGCCGCCACCACCAACACCGCGGCAGCCACGACGACGACCGUGUCCAAUACGGGCGGCGUGUCCGUUACCGUAGCGAUACCGUCCAGUGUGCACAGCGGCGCUGGGAGCAGUAUGGCUGUGUCUGCAGCCGCUGCUCUGCCUCCCGUCACCAACGGUGCUUUGGCGAACAGCAGUGUGGUGCAGCAGGCAGAGUCCACGACUGCUGAAGGGACACAUCACCAUGUGUCACAGGCCGUUGCCGGAUCGUCUCAGCCAAGAGGUGCUAAGCGUCAGCACGAAGCUGACGGGCAAGAGGCCAGCAGCAGCAGCGUAGAAGCUGCGGCUACAGCUUGUCCCUCCACGGAAGGGCAGUCAUCAGCACCGAAGCGCCGCCGAGUGCCCAGUGACGAUGACUCCACUCCCAGUGCGACAAGCUCUGCCGGAGCUGUAUCAACCAGUGCCGUUGGUAGCAGUAGUACGGUAGUGUCGAUGUUGCCAUCAGCCGCUGCAAUGGGAUCAGCUAGAGCAGCAGCAGCAACAACAGGCACUACACUAGCUGCAGCCACUGGCAGUUCGGCCAUUGAAGUGGACAGUGCUGUCACAGCAGUAUCUGCAGAUGCUCAACGUCCUAUAACCGUGGAGGAUACUGAGGACAUGGAUGAUAGUGAUGACGGUGGUGAGGAUGAUGACGUGGAAGAUGACGACGUCAUGUCAACAGGAGCUGCUGAUGCUCCAGUGUUGCAGGAUGCCGCAGGGGCACUGCAACCGGAAGUGAUUGCUGUGGAGAGUGAAUCCGAAAAUGAUCCACCCUACCAUGCUGAUGAUGAUGGAGCUGAUGAUGACGAAGAGGGCUUCUCGUUCCAGCCAGCUGCAGCAGCAGCCGGCAAUGAUGACUAUGGCUACGCUGUCCAACUGAUACCUGACCAUGAUGAUGAAAUGUCAGGUGCUGGUGCUGUCGCCCACGACGUCAUCGACGCUGAUGAAAGUGAUGACGGCGAAAUUGAUGAUGAUGAAGAAGAAGAGGAGGAAGACGAGGAGGAGGAAGACGAGGCUGAAGCCGACGACAAUGCCGAUGAGUAUUAUCAAGGUGAUAUGGAAGAAAUUCAGCCAUUCCCUAGCGAUGCGGACAACUACCUAGAAGGUGGUAGUCUCAGUCCUGCUGCUAGUGUGUCAUUUGGCCUGGAUAUCGAUCCUGAGGCCAGCAUGCCUGGUGACGAAGUGACAAGUAGCAUGCCAGGUGACAUGCAGAAACUCGACCAAGGACCACCACCAGCACUGCAGGCCAUUGAUGACCUGAUCUCCACGGCAUCAUCGUCGGCAGCACCCAGUCCGGCUGCUCCUGUCCAGCAAGAUGAGCAAGGGCAGUGGGCAAGUGCUGCUGCUGGUGCUGGUAGCAGUCAGGCUGUGGCUGCUUCCUCAGCCGUUGCCGCCUCAGCUACGAGUUCUGAAGGAGCUACUGAACCUCGUUCUCAACCGGUUUACAUCAAGCGUGGUCUGAGACGAAGACGCAUUAAUCAAGGCCAACAGCAGGAUGACACUCAACUCUAGGAGGCCUUGUUUUGGUCUAGUUUUUUGUACCUGUAUUAAUUUUGAUUUUGUCACAAAACGUUUUUUUGUCUACUAGCCAUUUUCUCAUGCUACACACUACACUGCUAGAGUAUUGCUGCUCUCUUGCCACACGCACGCUCCUGCUUUUACUCUCUCGCCAUAGCGUCCCUCCAUUCUUGGUACCAUUUUAAAAUCACCUUUUAGUUACAUCCCAAUCAAGCAUGAAAAAUGAAUAAUUUGAUGUGGCAUUUUGCAGCAGCAAAAUGAUGACACAAUUGUUGAUAGCAUAAAAUGUUCAUAACUCUGUAUAAACUGUAGCCGGCUUGAUAAUGUUGGUGUUGCAGAUUGUGUGAUCUCUCAACCCGA